CUUCGAGUUCAACGUUUACGUGACCAGUGGUACCUCUUGCGCAGCCCAUUCAAAGUGAACGUCCCACAACGAAUUCUUGACAUGGAUACCCUCCGACGAAGGAACCCAUUCAAACACUCCUCUGAACCCUCUGAAUCACAUGACACACACGUCCUGGAUGAACAAGAACAAAGUGAACUUAUCGACAACAUUAAGAGUCUGAACGCAACAUCAAAUAACCAGAACCGCAUUGCAUUGCAGACUAUGCUCGCGCUGUCUUUUAUACUGCAUAUCAUUUACAUCAUCUCCGACUACAACAGUCCAUUAAUCGUUGUUUUUCCACCAGCCAAUAGAACGGAGUCUCCACUCUAUCUAAGUCCUGUCUUGACACUCCUCGCAAUCAUCCUCCAUGCAAACGCUGCUCUGCUUACUCACCCCCGGAAUUUGGUUCUUGCUAAACGGCGAAUAACGCCUCUUCCUUAUAGCGUCGCGGUCGGGCUAUCAGCAAUUGCUCCUACAAUCUCGGUUCUGAGCGGGAAAAUAUGGCAGACCACAGCGUGGUGGUGUACUGCCGCUUUUUUGACUUGGAUCGUACAUGCAUCAAAUAAGUGGGUUGUGCAGGAGCAAGAAAGUAUAUCCGAACUUGAAAGAAUGAAGUAUAUAUCUGCUGGGGCGUAGAAAACGCAACCUCGAUGUGCCUGCACACCAUUUUUCUAGACGUCGUUAAUCGUUAGAGGUCAUUACACGAGCUGGGGCUGUCCAGUAGCGAUAUGAAAAUCAGCGAAUUCUUAAAGA